AUGGCGGAGGCGAAGCUGGAGCUCGACGUCUUCAUGUGCUACAGCGCUGGGAUCAGCGCGUGCGAGAAAGGCGAGCAGUGGCAGGUGGCGCUGGCGUUGUUGAGCGAGAUGGGGAAGUCGAAGCUGGAGCCCGACGUCAUCAGUUACAGCGCUGGGAUCAGCGCGUGCGAGAAGAGCGAGCAGUGGCAGCGGGCUGUGGCGCUGCUGAGCGAGAUGUGGGAGGCGAAGCUGGAGCCCAACGUAAUCAGCUACAGCGCUGGGAUCAGCGCGUGCGACAAGGGCGAGCAGUGGCAGUGGGCGCUCGCGCUGUUGAGCGAGAUGCGGGAGGUGAAGCUGCAGCCCGACGUCAUCAGCUACAGCGCUGGGAUGAGCGCGUGCGAGAAGGGCGGGCAGUGGCAGCGGGCACUGGCUCUCCUCAGCGAGAUGUGGGAGGCGAAGCUGGAUACCGACGUCAUCUUCGGCUACAGCGCUGGGAUCAGCGCGUGCGAGAAGGGCGAGCAGUGGCAGCGGGCGCUGGCGCUGCUCAGCGAGAUGGCAGAGGUGAAGCUGAAGCCCAACGCCAUCAGCUAUAAUGCUGGGAUCAGCGCGUGCGAGAAGGGCAAGGAGUGGCAGCGGGCUUUGGCGCUGCUCAGAGAGUUGUGGGAGGCGAAGCUGGAGCCCACCGUCAUCAGCUACAGCGCUGGGAUCAGCGCGUGCGAGAAAGGCGGGCAGUGGCAGCCGGCGCUCGCGCUGCUGAGCGAGAUGCGGCAGGCGAAGCUGGAGCCCAGCGCGAUCAGCUACAAUGCUGGCACCAGCGCGUGCGGGAAGGGCGUGCAGUGGCAGUGGGCGCUGGCGCUGCUUCGCGAGAUGUGGGAGGCGAAGCUGGAGACCGAAGUCAUCUAUCUACAAUGCUGGGAUCAGCGCGUGUGA